AUGAGUGGGCAAAACUUCAUUGGAUCUAAAAUUUCGCUCAUCAGCAACAGCGACAUUCGCUAUGUGGGCACGCUUCACAGCUUGAACGCUGAGGAAUCGACUGUUGCGUUGGAGCAAGUGCGUUCAUUUGGUACGGAGGGUCGUCGUGGUAGACCUGAUGAAGAGAUUCCAGCAUCCGAGAACGUCUUCGAGUUUGUCGUGUUCCGUGGAUCAGACAUCAAGGACCUACAAGUGUUUGAAGCACCUGCCAAGCCUGCACCACCUCCACCACCUGCCAACAUCCCCAAUGAUCCUGCUAUUAUGCAAAGUUCGAUGAUGAAAGGCUAUGGUGGUGGAAUGAACCCUUACAUGAUGCCGCCAUCGUAUCCUCCCAUGCAACAGCCGCAUCAAUAUUGGGGAUCGCCAAUGUAUCCAAUGCCAACGCCUAUGGGUGCUGCUCCUCCUCACAUGCAACAACCACCUUCAACUGCCCCUGGUCAACAACAACAGCAACAGCAGCAGCAACAACAACAGCAGACAAUGUCUUCACCUGCACGUACUUCAAUGGCUCAUCCCUCUGCUAUUCCUACUACUACGAGCAAUGACAUGAACAAGCCUGCUACUCCUAUGGCUCCUGUGUCUUCGUCUACUGCUUCCUCUGGUAUCUCACGUGAUGCUGUUGUCGAUGAUCUCAAGAGAACCGAUGCCGCUGUCGAUAGACUUGCCAACAGCUUAAAGGAUUUGGAUGUUGAAAAGAAGGCCAAGCCUACUACUACUACUACUGCAGUUGAUGAUGAGCAACGACAACAACAACAGCAAAACCGUAAUCGUAGACAUUACAAUAACAACAACAACAAUGGCAAUGUGAACAACGCUGCUCGUGCUCGUGGUGGUCGUCAUGAUCAUGCCAACAAGGCUACCAUUGACAUUCCCAAGUCCGACUUUGACUUCGAGUCCUCUAAUGCAAAGUUCAACAAGAACGAGAUUGUAAAGGAAGUGUCUGGCAAGGAUGGCAAUGAACAACCUGAGGAUCAAGUCGAAGAGCAACAAGAAGAUGAAGUUGUUAUCCCUCCCCCCAAUGAUGAAUCAUUCUAUGAUAAGCAAAAGAGCUUCUUUGAUAACAUCUCUUGCGAAUCCAAGGAACGUAGCGAGCAAAAUGGCUCUUUUGAUCGUCGGGCCAAGUUCCAAGAAGAACGCAAGCUCAACCUUGAGACCUUUGGUGAAGUGUCUGUGGAUCAUCCAAGAUAUCGUAAUUAUCGUGGCCGAGGUGGAUUCCGAGGACGUGGACGUGGACACUCACGUGGUUAUCGUGGCAAUCGUGGGGGUGCCAAGUCGAUGGCCUAG